AGUACUCAAUGCACAGUAUAUCGCAUUGCUUCGAUAUCUCGUAAAGGUAUCGAAAUCACAGUCGAUCUUGCUCGCCCACCGGAUGACUGUGCCGUUUCGCUAAAUGAGCAAACACUGGAUGUGAAAUGGGUCAAGAACAAUCUGGUACUGGAGGCUCAGGAGGCGACAAGAAAGAUGACAAAGACAAAAAGAAGAAGUAUGAACCUCCUAUUCCAACAAGAGUGGGCAAGAAGAAGCGACGUAUUAAGGGACCCGAUGCUGCUUUAAAAUUACCUCAAGUUACACCGCAUACACGGUGCAGACUGAAGCUAUUGAAAUUAGAACGUAUAAAGGAUUAUUUGCUAAUGGAAGAAGAAUUUAUUAGAAAUCAAGAACGACUGAAGCCACAAGAGGAAAAGAAUGAAGAAGAAAGGUCUAAGGUUGAUGAUCUGCGUGGGACACCCAUGUCUGUUGGAACAUUAGAAGAAAUCAUUGAUGAUAAUCAUGCUAUAGUUUCUACAUCUGUUGGUUCAGAACAUUAUGUAUCAAUUUUAUCAUUUGUGGAUAAAGACCAAUUAGAACCUGGGUGUUCUGUAUUAUUGAAUCAUAAGGUUCACGCAGUUGUUGGAGUUUUGGGUGAUGAUACAGAUCCUAUGGUUACAGUAAUGAAGCUAGAAAAAGCUCCACAAGAAACUUACGCCGAUAUUGGUGGUCUUGACACACAGAUUCAAGAGAUUAAAGAGUCUGUAGAAUUACCUUUGACUCAUCCAGAAUAUUACGAAGAAAUGGGUAUUAAACCACCUAAAGGAGUUAUACUUUAUGGUCCACCAGGAACGGGAAAAACAUUAUUAGCUAAAGCUGUAGCAAAUCAAACCUCUGCAACUUUCUUAAGAGUUGUUGGAUCUGAACUUAUACAAAAAUAUUUGGGUGAUGGUCCGAAACUUGUGAGAGAGUUGUUUAGAGUUGCAGAAGAACAUGCUCCUUCUAUUGUGUUUAUAGAUGAAAUAGACGCUGUAGGUACGAAACGAUACGAUAGCAAUAGCGGAGGAGAACGUGAAAUUCAAAGAACUAUGUUAGAACUUCUCAAUCAACUUGAUGGCUUUGAUAGCCGAGGAGAUGUUAAAGUAGUCAUGGCUACAAACAGAAUUGAAACUCUAGAUCCAGCAUUAAUCAGACCAGGUCGCAUUGAUAGAAAGAUAGAAUUUCCGCUACCCGAUGAGAAAACAAAGAGAAGAAUUUUCAGCAUUCAUACUAGUAGGAUGACAUUAGCGCCUGAUGUAAACCUGGCAGAAUUGAUUAUGGCUAAAGACGAUCUUUCAGGUGCAGAUAUAAAGGCUAUAUGUACCGAAGCUGGUUUAAUGGCCCUGCGCGAACGUCGUAUGAAAGUUACCAGCGAUGAUUUUAAAAAAUCUAAAGAAAGUGUUUUGUAUCGGAAAAAAGAAGGUUCACCUGAGGGACUAUAUUUAUAAUACUAUAAUUAUAAUUAAGUAUUCUUUACUUCUGGUUCAAGCAUACAAUGUUAUACAUGCUAAUAAAAAUAAACAAAACAGAAUGUU